AUGAAGAACAAUAUGUCCGAUGGAGUGAGGAAAGGUACUUGGACCCCUGAAGAAGAUGCCCUCUUGAAGAAAUGCAUUGAGAACUACGGAGAAGGGAAGUGGCAUCUCGUCCCUAUAAGAGCAAGACUGAACAGAUGCAGGAAGAGUUGCAGGUUGAGAUGGUUGAAUUAUCUCAAGCCAGAUAUUAACAAAGGUCGAUUUACAAAAGAUGAAGUUGAUCUCAUUAUCAGGCUUCAUAAGCUAUUAGGCAACAGAUGGUCGUUGAUAGCUGGUAGACUUCCGGGAAGAACAGGAAACGACGUGAAGAACUUCUGGAACAGCCACAUUAAUAAAACGGGGAGGGCCGAAGUCGAGAAAACCAUUACCUCUACCAACAUCUUAAGACCCCGACCUCGGAUUCCUUCCAAUCUGCAAGUGCCAUGGCCCAGGGAAACAAGAAAAACAGUACCUCAAUCCAAUAAUCUUGUCCCGACAACUGAUGGAGCUCCUGAAAACAAGCAACAUCCAUCGACCAAAGUUGAUGAAUGCAUAAGGUGGUGGAGCAACUUGCUUGAAAUGACCAAUAUGGAAACUGUGGUGGUUGACGAUAUCGAGAAACAAACAGGGGAGACGUCGACGGUUCUGCAUGAUCUUGCAGUGCCGUCGCCGAAGGUGAUGGAUGAGUCUGGUGAUAUGAACGUCGAUGUGGAUCUCGGGGAACUUAUGCGCUUUUGCGACGAAUGGUAA